GAUGGUUUGGGGCGGGGAGGAGAGAGACUCACACGUCUCCCCUCCAAAUCUUCCCCAGACACAGAUUUUGGAGCCCCAUCUGUGAAUCAAAGGCCUCUUUGGAAAAAAAAAAUCAAGAAGAGAGGCUUCCUCAUCAGCCCGGCCCCUGACGAAGCCAACGCCGCUCCCAGCAGCAGCAGCGCCGGUGCACCUUUCCCCGAGUCUCGCAGCCUCGUCUCUUGCAACAACCUGCAAACUUCGGGGCGCUGAGAGCGCGUGGCCUCCGGGGCUACCCUGGACUGGAGGGGAUCGGCUUAAUAAUAAUAACAAUGAUGAUAGCAGUAGCAGCUACCACAGCCUGGUCGUUCUCUAUUUAGAGAGGGCCGCUGGCCUGGCUCUGGCCAGCCGACGCUGGGUGACCCGGUCUGGAGUUGGCCCAGGGACAGCCGCCUGGCGCGAGGACUUGCUGCUGCCGCUGCUGCUGACACACGUGGAUGAAAUGUGCCGUCGUCUGCCGGGAGGAGAAGACGCCGGCCAAGUUGCUGGAGGGCGUGUGCGCCAGAGAAACUGACACUUGGAAACCGCGGCCUUGGACCAGGAGAGAGAGAGCGCGAGAGCAUCGGAGAGGAGAAGAAGAGGAGGGGAAAACAAGCCGCUUCUGUCUGAAGUUUUCCAAACUCGGAGAAUCGCGUUCGCUGGCAGGCGGCGGCAGCACUGCAGCAGCGCCCUCUGUUCUCCGGCUCCGUGAGCGCCGCGGCUCUCUCGCUGGCUUCUCCCAGCCGCUCGCCAACGCCAGGAGCCGCUUUGCCCGUCAGGACAGAGGCGCCGCGCGUCUGCCUCCCGGGGCAACUGACAGAGCCGGCGAGAUCCCCCGCAGGCAACAAAUCUCUUUGGGAUUAUUAAAAGAAGACAUUUUAUUCAGCGUGAGUGCGAGAAAAAAAUCUGGAGAAAUGACUGGAAUGAGAUUGUUCAAAACACAACAUAUCUGUGUGAUGUUAUGCCUGGGAAUACUACUCUUACCAGCCUCCAGAACAUCAAAACAAAAUGUACCGAGACUUAAACUCUCCUAUAAAGACUUGCUGCUUUCCAACAGCUGUGUUCCAUUCUUGGGCUCAGCGGAGGGGCUGGAUUUUCGAACCGUGCUGCUCGAUGAAGAAAGGGGUCGGCUGUUCCUUGGUGCUAAAGACCACAUUUUUCUGCUCAGCUUGGUAGAUUUAAACAAAAAUGUAAAGAAGAUAUAUUGGCCUGCAGCAAAGGACAAGGUGGAUUUAUGCAAACUAGCCGGGAAAGAUGCACAUACAGAAUGUGCCAACUUCAUCAGAGUCCUGCAGCCUUACAACAGGACUCAUGUUUAUGUCUGUGGUACGGGAGCUUUCCACCCAGUCUGUGGCUACAUAGAACUUGGAACACACAAAGAGGAAGUGGUGUUCAGAUUUGAAGCUCAGAACUUGGAGUCUGGCAGACUGAAAUGUCCUUUUGAUCCUCAACAGCCUUUUGCAUCUGUCAUGGCAGACGAAUACCUUUAUUCUGGAACUGCCUUGGAUUUCCUUGGCAAGGAUACUGCUUUAACACGUUCUCUGGGCUCAUCACAAGACCACCAUUACAUCAGGACAGAUAUUUCUGAACAUUACUGGCUCAGUGGAGCAAAGUUUAUCGGAAUCUUUCCUAUCGCGGACACUUAUAAUCCAGAUGAUGACAAAAUCUAUUUCUUUUUCCGAGAAGUUUCUCAAGACAGCAGUACCUCUGACAAAACCAUCCUUUCUCGAGUUGGCCGAGUCUGUAAGAAUGAUAUGGGAGGUCAACGUAGCCUUAUAAACAAGUGGACAACAUUCCUGAAAGCAAGGCUCAUUUGCUCAAUACCUGGCCCAGAGGGAGCAGACACACAUUUUGAUGAGCUACAAGAUAUAUUCUUACUUUCCACAAGAGAUGAAAGAAAUCCGAUGGUGUAUGGUGUCUUUACUGCUACCAGCUCUGUGUUCAAGGGUUCUGCUAUUUGUGUGUACAGCAUGGCUGAUAUCAGAGCUGUUUUCAAUGGACAUUAUGCCCAUAAGGAGAGUGUGGACCAUCGCUGGGUUCAAUAUGAUGGCCGGAUUCCAUACCCCAGGCCUGGUACGUGUCCCAGCAAAACAUAUGACCCAUCAAUCAAGUCCACCAGAGAUUUUCCUGAUGAUGUCAUUAGCUUCAUAAAGCGUCAUCCAGUGAUGUAUAAAUCAGUCUACCCAGUGACCAGGGCACCUGUGUUUACUCAAAUCAAUGUGGACUACAGGCUGACUCAGAUUGUGGUGGAUCGUGUCAUGGCUGAAGAUGGCCAAUAUGAUGUCAUGUUCUUAGGGACAGAUGUAGGAACCGUACUGAAAGUGUUGAGCAUAAACAAGGAGAAGCGAGACAUGGAGGAGGUGGUCCUGGAAGAGCUGCAGAUAUUCAAGCAUCAGUCACCUAUUUUGACUAUGGAGAUGUCUCCAAAGCAGCAACAAUUGUACAUUGGUUCCAGAGAUGGAUUGGCUCAGCUCUCAUUGCACAGAUGUCAUACAUAUGGGAAGGCUUGUGCAGACUGUUGCCUUGCCAGAGACCCAUAUUGUGCUUGGGAUGGAAAUUCAUGCUCCAGAUACAUGCCAACAUCUAAAAGACGUGCAAGGAGGCAAGAUGUCAAAUAUGGAGACCCAAUUACCCAGUGCUGGGAUGUUGAAGAUAGCAUUAGUCAUGAAACCACCAAUGAAAAGGUGAUUUUUGGCAUUGAAUUUAAUUCAACAUUCCUGGAAUGCAUUCCAAAAUCCCAGCAAGCUUCCAUUAGGUGGUUUAUUCAGCGGUCUGGAGAAGAGCACCGGGAAGAGCUGAAACCAGAUGAAAGAAUAAUCAAGACAGAAUAUGGACUGUUGAUCCGCAGCUUGCAGAGGAAAGACACUGGAGCAUAUUAUUGUAAAGCGCAAGAGCACACAUUUGUCCAAACUAUUGUGAAGUUAAAUUUAAAUGUCAUAGAGAACGGACAGAUGGAAAGCUCUCAGAAAACAGAAGAUGAAGGGCGGGAUCUGCUCGCUGAGUCACGCCUCCGGUAUAAGGAUUACAUCCAGCUUCUGAGUAGCCCCAGCUUCAGUCUGGAUGAGUACUGUGAGCAGAUGUGGCACCGGGAAAAGAAACGGCAGCGUAACAAAGGUGGGGCAAAGUGGAAACAUGUCCAAGAGAUAAAGAAGAAAAGGAACCGGAGGCAUCACCAACCUGCUAGCCAACACACUAGGCCUGUGUCUACAUAGUAUGCAUAUUUUAUUUUAAAAAAGGACUUAUUUUGCAAAUGAAAAUACUUUUGUUAGGUUUUAUGGGCCCUCCUUCUUGAUGUUGCUUCUCUCAAAGAGACCAGCCAAUGCAUAGUCAUUAAUGUAUAUGAGACCCCCAUAGAAGAAUACCCUAGCAAUGGCCAAAAAACACAAAAACUUCAGGAGCUGUCUGCUGUUCAGUAGUUCUCAGAUUUGAACUGAGAUAACUUCAUUUGAAUCUCAGGGCCUGAAGAGUAAAUUUGUGUAAUGUAUCAAAUGGCUGUUCUGUUGUUUCCUUAUAAAAACAUAGACCAUGAGCUGUCUGAACAACUUCUAGGUCCCACCGUAGAGGUGUCUGUAUUUCACAGCAGGCUGAUUAAAGUGUAGGUAAGGGACUGUUAAAAAUAGAGCAGCAUACCCCUGCACAAUAACCCAAUAAUGGGCUUAUAUAUAUGACCUCAUGGAUUGUGCUUACAUAAACGCACACACAAACCCUUCCCAGGGCAUGGCAUGGCCUACUGACUUUGUCUGGCAAAGCAUCACUACAUAGAAAUAGACUCCAGAGGCUAGUUUUGUGGUGCCAGCAGUCCAUGUAUCCACAUAGAUUACAGACUUGGCCCCUUUCUGAACCUUCUUAAAGAUGCAGCCUGGUAAGUUGUAGAUUCUUGGUAAGGCUGUGGGGCCCUCCAUACAACACAGAAUGCCCCUCCCCAGACAUCACCAUACAGGGGCUCACUUCACUUAACUGUAUGCUGUACAUUUGCAUUUCCUGGCCAAUAUGGACAGAGUGGGUCAUAGCCUAAAACUGGGCACUAACACUGAGUUAAUUCAUAAAAAAGCAAAUAUAUUCCUCGUUUUUUAGGAAGAAAUGUAGAGGUUUAUUCAUUAGGAUGUAAGUAGCAACUGGUCUGAAGGCCUUCUGCUGAGAUGACAUGUUGACUCUAAUUGGAAAUGCCAGCAAAGAUACUCAAGAAGCAAGUGGGAGGUAUGCACACAAAUCCUAUUAGUUAGUAAUGGGAUUUCUGCCAGCACUGUCUUCCAUCUGUCUCUGAAGGCAUUUUUCCCCAUCCAUGUCUCAUCUCACCUCUGCUACUUUUAACUCUUUUGUUGCUUUGCAUUUGCUUCUUUGAUACAAACAACAACAAAAUUAAAUCCACCAACGAAACUGCGGGAAGCAAUUUGCCAGCCCAAAAUGGUGGAAACAGCCUUUCUACUUAGCUACGUAUUCUUUGGGUAUAAAGGUCUUAUGUAUUUUAGAGACAGUGGUGCAUUGUGGGAAUUAAUGUUUUAUAUUUGUACUAAAAUAAAAUUAAAACAAAGUCCAUGUGUAAAUAUUGCACAAGUUAGAGGUGGGCAGCUACGCAAUUUUGUAAAAUGUCCUCCUCAAGUUGUUGUUGUUGUUGUUCAAUAAGUUUAGUUGUCCUGACUGAGUGAGAAUCUGGGUCUGAUGCCAGGCUAACUUACUCCAGGUUAACCCUGGGCUAUGUAGUCUAUCAGCAUAAUUGAAGUUGGUUUAUAGUGCCAGAACUGAGAUAAAACAAGAAUAGCAUCUCAUCUUAUCAUCUCAAGGCUGUCCCUACAUUACACUGCCUUCUUACUAGCAUCCCUCCCAUCCUCUGCCCUGCCAUUCCCUCCCUCCCUCAUACACACACACACACACUUUUUGCUUUUCACGCUUUUUGAGUGUGAAAUGACAAAUUAUCCACUUCCUCACAUGGAAGAAAGCUUUGAUGGAUGCCAAAACUUUCCUUGUUUCUCAUGCAUUCUCCUCAUCUUGGGAGCAAAGUCUGUGGGGAAGCCAUGUAAUUGGUGUGCCAUUCAUUAAAGCAAAGCGCCAGCAUUGAUUUUCAGCUCUGGAAAAAAUUAGUAGUAGUUAUCCACUGUUGCUCUGUAUGUGUAACUACAUUUUUUUCUGAUUAAUAAUUGUACAGAUGCCGUUUUGUUCUGUUCUGCAUUUGUGUUUGGAUAAAGGGAUGCGCGCAUGGAAAAUAUAAAUGUUAAUGAUUCACAUCAUCAUGAAAUAAUAAUAAUAAUAAACUUUAUUUCUACCCCGCCCUUUUUCCAAUAGGACUCAGAGCGGCUUACAACUAAAAACAACACCAUUAAAACAUACAGAGUAUAUUAUUAAAAAAGAAUUAAACUAUGAGAAAAAUUAAAACCAUAAAAUAUAGGUUAAAAACAGCGGACAAUUUAAAAUAAUAAAAUCAUAUAAUGUAAUCACCAAACCUAUGAGACUUAAUCCUGGUCGUUCUCUAUCCCAAAUGCCCGUUGAAAUAAAACAGUCUUUACUUGUCGCCGGAAAGACGGCAAGGAGGGAGCUGAUCGCACCUCACUUGGAAGGGAGUUCCACAGCCUAGGGGCGGCCACCGAAAAGGCCCUAUCUCGUGUCCGCGUCAUAUGUGCUUGCGAAGGUGUGGGGAACACAAGAAGGGCCUCACCUGAAGAUCUCAAAUCCUGGACAGGUUCAUGUAGGGAGAUACGAUCUGUCAAAUAGUCUGGACCUGAGCCAUAUAGGGCUUUGUAGGUCAAAA